GGGAAAUCCCUGGCCAAUGCAGGCGAGACUUGCGCAGGUGCGAGCGACUUACGAGGGAGCAGGACAAGCGCAUGUGCUGCGACAUGUCGAGAAACUUUCAGAGGCUGAGCUGGCAAGCCUGGUGGAGCAGUUGGAGCAGAUCGAUGUGAAGCGCGUCCUCGAGACGUACAAGCUCUCCGUGCAAGAUGCUUCCAACACCAGCAAGCUCUCAAUGGUCGACCCGCUCCCUGAAGUGGCGAACUUCUCUCGCCUGUCAGCACAGAUGCGCAGUGACUACGUCAGCAAGGGACUGUCGUUGAUCAACUCGGGGAAGGUUGGAUACUUGCUCCUGGCAGGGGGGCAAGGGACGCGACUGGGCACGACAGAGCCCAAGGGAUGCUACGACAUAGGGCUGCCGUCGAAGAAGUCCCUCUUCCAGCUGAUGGCCGAGAGGCUGACGAGGCUGCGGGAGAUCAGCGGGAGGGAGGCUCCCCCCAUCCCCUGGUACGUGAUGACUAGCCCGAUGACAGACGAGCAGACGAGAUCCUUCUUUGUGAAGCACAACUUCUUCGGGCUGAAGGCGGCCGAUGUCUUCUUCUUCCAGCAGGGCACGCUCCCCUGCCUCGACCUCUCCGGGAACAUCCUCAUGGAGUCGACGAGUCAGGUUGCAAGGGCUCCUGAUGGCAACGGCGGUAUCUAUCGUGCGCUGAAGAGCUCAGGAGCCUUGAAGGACAUGCGGGAUCGCGGCGUGAGCUACGUACAUUGCAGCUCUGUAGACAAUGCUCUCGUCCUUCCCGCAGAUCCGCUCUUCAUCGGAUACUGCAUCGAAAAGAAUGCUGAUUGUGGAGCUAAGGUUGUUGCCAAAGCUGGACCUGAUGAAGCCGUUGGUGUCCUCUGCGCUGCCGAAGAGGGAGGAGCCAAGGUUGUGGAGUACAGCGAGAUCUCACAGGAGGCAGCGCGAGAGAUCGAUCCUUCCACAGGGGCGCUGAGGUUAAACGCGGGGAACAUUUGCAAUCAUUUCUACACUGUUGACUUCCUUGACAUGGCUGCUGAGCUGUUGACUCCCUAUCACAUCGCCAAGAAGAAGAUCCCCUGUAUCGAUGAAACGGGCCAACACGUCACCCCGCAAGUAAACAACGGCAUCAAGCUCGAGCAAUUCAUCUUUGACUGCUUCCCUCACAGCAAAUCGUUUGCGUGCGCAGAGGUCAUCCGUGAGGAAGAGUUUGGCCCCGUGAAGAAUGCUCCCGGAUCCUCCGUGGACUCUCCCGACACUGCUCGUGCUCUCUUGCUCAAUCUUGGGCGCAAGUACGUGCAAGAAGCAGGUGGGAAGAUCGAGGGCGACGGGCCUGUAGAGGUGUCGCCGCUCCUCUCCUACAGGGGCGAAGGUCUAGAGGAGGCCUGCAAGGGCAAGACCAUCACGGCGCCGACCAUCCUGACUGGGUUGGGUGAGGUCGGGGGAUCGAGGAAGCGGCAGGUUGAAGACCAGUAGGAGGAUGCGGAAUGUCUUUCCGUCGCGGCUUCAUGCUUGCGCUGAUCCUCAUGAGGUAGGAGAGAGUCUCACCACUGGGCUGCUUAUACCCAUGAAAUUCUUCUCUUUCUG